GCGCCACUCCGAUCCUCCGUUUCUGAAAGCAGAAUGGCCGGAAUUCGGAGGCGCAAUGAGAUAUGAGACUAAUUUCAGCAUUAGCCCACCACAUCCCCUUCUUCCAUUCACAAAACACUUCUCACAUUUCACCCAUCCCAGCGCUUCACCAGGCCGUCAUAAGAUUCAAGCACUCCAACCCGUCACUGUCUCACUGCUCCUGCGUUCUGUCCCGGAGGUUUCGCUGCGGAACCAGUAUGGCGGACUUCGAGGCACCUCCUCCUCCGGUUCACGUGAAAGACCGAAUCGAUUUGACGGCCAAGGAGGAGCAGAUUUUUGACCGCCUCCUGCAGGUCGUGCGCCACUUCAAUCUCCAGACGCAGCUCCGGGUCGCUGGCGGAUGGGUUCGUGAUAAGCUUCUUGGUAAAGAAUGCUGUGAUAUCGAUAUUGCGCUUGACAACAUGCUGGGAAGAGAGUUCUGUGAGAAGGUCAAUGAGUACUUAUCAUUAUCAGGACAAGAAACUCAAGGAGUUGGAGUCAUCCAGUGCAAUCCUGAUCAGUCAAAACACUUGGAAACAGCAAGGAUGCGUCUUUGUGAUGUAUGGAUUGAUUUUGUUAACUUGCGAGCAGAAGAUUACAGUGAAAAUAGUCGUAUUCCAACAAUGAGAUUUGGCACCGCAAAAGAGGAUGCUUAUCGCAGGGACUUGACCAUUAACAGCCUCUUUUACAAUAUUAACUUGAGUUCUGUUGAAGAUUAUACUGGAGAAGGUAUUACCGAUCUCAAGUCAGGCAGAAUUAUGACCCCACUGCCUCCUAAACAAACUUUUUUGGAUGAUCCAUUAAGAGUUCUUCGAGCUAUUCGUUUCGGUGCAAGGUUUGAAUUUAAGCUAGAUGAAGAGCUUAAGAAAGCUGCUUCAGAUGAUGAUGUCAAGGCUGCCAUUGCAGAUAAGAUUAGCAGAGAACGCAUUGGCCAUGAGACCGAUCUCAUGAUAUCUGGCAAUCAACCAUUGAAAGCAAUUAAAUAUGUGGCUGACCUCCAAUUAUUUUGGGCUGUAUUUAGUCUUCCUGCUGAUUUCGAGCCUCCAAUCCCAGAGAGUUGUGACAAGCUGUGUGUUGCGUGCAUGGAUCUAGCAUUCAGACUUCUGCGUUUAAUUGGAUGCUCUUUGACGGAUGACCAACGGAGGAUUUACUUAUAUGCUGCUUUGUUUCUGCCGUUUAGGAAUACUAAAUACAAAGACAAUAAAGCUAAAAAGAUUGCAGUUGUGAGUUAUAUCUUCAAAAAUUCUCUUAAGCUGAAAUCCAGUGAUUCUGAAACAGUCUUGAGCUUACAUAGCGCGACAAAAAAACUUGUAUCACUGAUUCCGUACAUUACAUCUGAAGAUACAGAAAUUAUUGAAGUGGAUUGGAAAAAAGAAACUAUUGAUGUUCCUGUUACUUUGAAGUGUAGAGUACUUAUUGGUUUGGUGCUCCGUGAAGUUAAAGAAUUUUGGCGCGUUUCCCUCGCUCUCUCCAUGCUAUUAUACCCUACCGAUCUGGAAAUAGAUGACAGUUGUGAGAUGGAGAAGAGAAGGGAGUUAUUUAAGACAGUUGAGAGCACCAUUCUCAAUCUAGGGCUAGACAGGGUCUGGGAAGUUAAGCCACUGGUGAAUGGGAAGGAAAUCAUGAAUAUUUUGGAGAUUAAAACUGGAGGACCAGUUGUAAAAGAAUGGCAACAAAAGUUGCUCGAGUGGCAACUUGCCUAUCCUAGUGGGACAGCAGAGGAAUGCAUUGAUUGGAUGAAAGAGGCCAAAUCGAAACGUACUAAGAGGGAGUAGUUCGAAAUGGCAUACUCUCAUGACGGAUGAGUCCUUUUGCCUGAACAAUUUUUAUGUCUAGUACUAGUAUGCACAGUCAACUAACCCUAAAGACAAGUGUCAUCUGUAAUCGAUGAGAAAUGCCCUCCCUAGUUCAGUUUUGGUAGUUCUCCUUUUCCAAAGCAUUUUCUUUGUAUUUGUAAAUGACUGAGUGACUGACUAAUGUCACUAGUUUUACUACUAUUAGGCUAUUUAGCCUAUUAGGCCUACAAUCAGUUUUCCAACAACUGAUUGUGUUUGUAGUGACCAGUAUGUCCAUUAUUUUUUAGUUUUCUAAAUGAAGUAAUCACAAUUACAAAAUCGUUUGUA